UUUAAAAGGAAUUAUGUAAGUUUCACAUAAAUGGUAUCAUUUCUGGCGUUGGGUGGUUCAUUGGCCUCCCGCCAUUCGAACUUUCGAACGCUCCUUCUCUGCAUUUGCCCAUCUCCUCUCUCAGUCCCUCUACUUUCUCCAAUCAUCUUUACACCAUCAGCAUGACUUCCAAUCUAGGUGGAAAGGCCAUUGAUUUGUGGUCCGAGUUAAUUGCCAGCGAGGGAAGCGACCUCCAAGAAGAAGCCUCAGUAGAAGAGGUUUAUAGACGAAGAAAGCCAACCCAGAAGACCGUUCAUCCUCCUCACCCGAAGCAAAACUUGGGUUCCAAUGGUUGCAAUGUGAACAGAGUGAGUUUAGCUGCCGUUGACAGUAAGAGAAUUAGUUGGAACCGUGCCCUUUCCAUCAGAGGGAGGGUGAGUAUUGCAGUUGAGGCUUGUAUAGAUCGUCAGCGUCAAUGUAAGCAGGCAAAGAGAAAAGGAAAACCUGCUCUUCCUAAAGGAAAGUAUGUACAACCUACAAACUUUGACAAGGAGCGUGCAUACUUUCAAGAGGUAGAUGCUUUUGAGUUGUUGGAGGAGAGCCCUUCCCCCAAGAGCUUCAGUACAUGGACAAGCAGCCAAUUUGAUAGUUCUACAAUACCAUCUCUAUGCUCUAGAAUAGAAAAAUGGUUAAUUUCCAAGAAAUCAAAGUACAGUCUUGCACCUUCUAGCACGUUAUCAAAGAUAUUAGAAACUCCACUGGGGUCCAUUGAACCAAUUGGUGGAAUUCAUUUGGACAAAUUCAAAUUGAAAACUCCCGAGAAUUCAGCUAGAGAUAGAGAUGCGCACUGGUGCUCUAUUCAGAGAAGAUUUAUUUUCAGUAUAAAUGAUAUCGAUGCCCUUAAAAUAGAUAGCAAUGACAACAGAAGUAACAGAGCAGAAGAAAUGAGAACUGAGGAUCGUGAAGACAUUGAAGUUGCUGUGAAGAAACUUUCUUUAACAUCUACAUCUACUUCUUUCCAUAAAUAUGAUUUGGAUCCACUUAGUGCAUUAUUAGCAGUUUGUGGACAGUCAACUCCUUCCACGCUUAAAGACGUAUUCUCUAAUUAUUGUGAGCUGGAAACUAUUGUCAAAGUUGGUGAAGGUACGUAUGGAGAAGCUUUCAAAGUUGGUAACACCGUUUGCAAGGUAGUUCCAAUAGACGGAGACUUGAAAGUUAAUGGAGAAAUACAAAAGAGAUCAGUAGAACUGCUGGAGGAAGUCAUACUUUCCAGAACUCUAAAUUCUUUAAGAAGUAACGAGCGCUGUGCUGAUAACUUUUGCACAACAUUCAUACGAACCAUAGAUUUAAGGGUAUGUCAAGGUUCUUAUGACGCUGUACUAGUCAAGGCUUGGGAAGAUUGGGAUGAAAAGCAUGGCUCAGAAAAUGAUCACCCGAAGGAGUUUCCGGAGAAACAGCUUUAUGUUGUGUUUGUUCUCCAACAUGGGGGAAAAGAUCUUGAAAGCUUUGUACUCCUAAAUUAUGAUGAGGCCCAAAGCUUAUUAGUACAGGUAACUGCGGCUCUGGCUGUAGCUGAAGCUGCUUAUCAAUUUGAACACCGAGAUCUGCACUGGUCGGAUUAUUCGUCAAUCUACAGUUAUUUUAGUCGUUUCUUUUCUUUGGCUACUGAUUUGCAUCAUGUAUUUAUUGCCAGGGGAAAUGUACUGUUAAGUCGGAAUGAUUAUGAAGCGUUGCAGUUCACCCUUGAGAGUAAGAACAUGACCGUAAAAACAUUUGGACUUCAGAUUUCGAUAAUCGAUUUCACUUUAUCGCGAAUUAAUACUGGUGAAGACAUACUCUUUUUAGAUCUUUCCUCAGAUCCUUAUCUCUUUAAGGGUCCAAGAGGAGAUAGACAAUCAGAAACAUAUAGAAAAAUGAAGGAGGUGACCGGAGACUGCUGGGAGGGGAGCUUUCCUAGAACGAACGUCCUGUGGUUACUCUACCUUGUGGAUAUAUUACUUCUGAAGAAAUCAUUCGCUGUCGAUAUUAUCCAGGAGCGUAGUUCAAAACAUGAAAGGGAGCUGCGUGCAUUCAAGAAACGUCUGGACAAAUAUACUUCAACAAAAGAAGCAAUUUAUGAUCAAUUUUUCAGUGAGUUGAUUGUUUGGUCAAGCAGCGUGGAGUAGAGCUGGAUGACUUGGACUUUUCCAACAUGAUGUAGAAUGAAGUCCUGAAAUGUCAUUGCUAUAUAAACUACGUACUGAUGUGGUUUGCACCAAUAUUUUGUAGGAUAUUGCCACCUGCCUGUGGAUCUAAUCAUGUAAAUAAAUCACGGUAACGUUUAAGAAAAUAUAGACCAAAUUUACAGAAAUGUUAGGUAUAAUGGCAAGGUUUAUUUUAAUAACAUCUCUUUAGAAUUUUAUGUUAUCUUGUUUUUCGACA